AAAUUUUUAUCUAGGCCUGCCAUCUAUCGGUAUGAUCUAAAGCUCUGAUUCCAAGAGGUAUUUCUUCCGCGUGCUUUUAGCGGUUGCGUUGCGUUAGCCUUCCUGUGCUAUUCAUAGCCUAGCUACUCCGUUAGUUCGGGCAAGCAAAAGUUGAGUUCACUCUACUACUCCGAGACUCCUGAGUGUUUCUGCAAAAACUUGAGGAGAGGGGAGAGGGUGAUAUCCAUGGAGAUGGCCGACCCAGCUGAGAGAAGACGGACGAUCCUGCGUCGUCGUCUCGUCGACGAGAAAACUCCAUAGCGUUUCAUCUCCGCUUGGCGAUCAUGUUGGUGAUGAUGCUGAGAAAGCUAUUACUAAAUACCUUCGUUUACCCUAUGCCCGUAGGCAUUUGGGAUGAACAAUGCCAGCUGGUUUAUAAGACAAUUAUGGCGGUACUCCAUGCGCUCAAUCCGAUACUACGGCCACGUACACUUGGUCACAACUCAGGAACGCGUCGUGAUAUCUUCGGCUCAUCGCCAGGAGGAGGAGAUGCCGGCCGGCACGUUUUGUUCCGAAGCGAGGAAUCUAUGGCCGUCAGUUGUCAGCAGAACGAGAUACGACUUGGCCACAGCUCAUCAGGGGAACGAGUACUACACCCUUUCGCUAGAGGUGGUGCAGGUGGCGGCGCUCCUUUCGCUCAUGGGGAGGAGCACAUUGCCAUCGAUAUUGAUCUGCUACUGCAAGCCACUCCCAAUAUAUUUUCUGCGCGAGAAGCUAGUCCAACUCCUGUGACUCCAGAUGACCGGGUCGUUGUUGCACAAACUUUGCAGACAAUAUUAGCUAGUAUUUUACCUUUAUGUGCUGCAUCGCGGCCUCUUUUUAAGGAUGGUCCUGAGUACGCCAAGGUCGUGACGUUUGGUUUUCUGGGUACUAUCGUUCUUGUCGCUUAUGCUGGGGUGUUUGCCAAGGCGGCCAACAGCAAGGCCGCGUUGAGGCUGGUGGUUUCUGCAGCUAUUGCUGCCAUGACAUUUGCCGUGGCCUCUCAGCUAUCUGGAAUAGGGUACAUUGUUACCGCUUCACUUACUGGUGCCAUCAUGGCGGCCUUCAUAAUGCUGGCAGUAUAAUUCACGCCCGGCCCCCGCUGCUGUGAACGCAGAUGGAGCGGGCGCCGGCCACCUGAGUUCCAGGAGAAAGAAGCAAUGGAAACCAAUUGUAUUUGACUGGGUGAUUAUGUUGACAAGAUUUUUGCUGUGUAGUCCUUUUCAAAAUGUAAAAAAUGUACGACGUCGUUCAUUUUUUUUAAACGUUUGACCAUUCAUCUUAUUCAAAAAUUUUAGUAUAAGUAUAUAAAAGUAUAAGUUAAGAUUAUAUUUUAUUUAAAACAAAUCAAAAAAAAUAAAUAGUAUUUUUUUAAAAAAAUAAAUAAGAUAAAUAGUCAAACGUUAUGAAAAAGUCAACGAAACCAUACAUUUUGAAAUUGAGGAAACAUCACAGUUACAUACAUUUUAAAAUUGAGGAAGUAUCACAGUUGACAUACUAAACCUCAGCAAUGUGUUGCUGUCCGAUCGAUCCGUGCCAUAAGGGCAUGCGAGAACAUUUCGCAGACACUGGUUGCAUUAUCAAAUAACUCGAAUCAUUGGUGUGCAGACUUUGACGUGUUCUGUUGCAUCUUUUUGGGUUACUUGUCAUUUGCUAUGCACUCUUUGCUAUAAGAUGACACUUUACUCAGGUAGUGCACACAUUGCUUAGGUGAUCAUACAAUAAUAUGAGCUUCGUUUUGCGUGCCGGUUCAACCCCUCCUCCCGAACACAGCCUAAGUCGCCCUUCUUACCGUUUCUGUCGAAGUUGUCGUCGCCUUAGUCGCCAGAGCACCAUACCACACCACCCCCAACCCUAUUGGCCAUCGUCUGUCCGUUACGAUUUACACACCCGUUAUUUUGGUUCAGUCGUGUGACAACACACUCCGUUGUGUACUAUUCGAAGCAAUGACAAAUGAAGCACCAAGAGCAAGGUUAAUAGGAGAGCCCGUUGUUGGUUCCAAUUAGUAGCCAUGUCAUCUAUAUUAAAUCUUAUAGCCAAUCUGUAGUGCAAAAGAUGCAUUGUAACACGAAUAUUUUAUUAAUUUUGUGGGGGCCGCCAUCUUCCCCAAUCUCUUCCUCUCAUCUCUUCUCUCCCGGUUGUGGAUGCAGGGAAUGACGGUGUACCUGCGGCGGCUAGGGCGGAAGAGGACGACGGUUGUGGCAGAGGUGGAAAAGAGCAACGUCAGUGGCUACUGUGGACAAUGGCCGCAGCGGCGGCAGAUAGACGCAACGAGCGCGGAGGACGAGCUGCGGUGAAAGAACACGACGACGGUGGCAAAGACGGAUGUAGGCGACCGAGGGCAGGGUGGAAUACUGGAAUAGAAUUGCAACGGCGGCGGAAGAGGGCGACGGCAACGGCGCGAUGGACGAGGGCAGCGGCGACGCCGGGCAUAAUGGACGAGGGUGGCGGAUGCAGUUGACGGCAACAUCGGUCAUGGCGGACAAGAGCGACAGCAGGGGCGGACGUAGUCAUCAGCGACAGUGAUAGUGGCCACGGCGGACGUUGGCGACGGCGGCAUACAUGACGACUGCGACCUGGUUGAGCGCGACGGCGACGAAAACAGGCAAGAGCAGCUCGCGCGGUAGCGGUGUCUGUGGGCACGGUGGAUGCAGACGGAAGCGGCGGCGCGAGCGAGAGUGGUGAGACAGGCACAGGAGAUGGCAGCGGCCGCGGUGGACGAGGAUGGCCGCCGCGGGCGUGGAUGGCGAGACGGACGUGGGCCACUGCCGCGGAGGACGAGGACGGUGGCGAACAUGAACGGGGACGGACGCAAACGAGGAUGGAGCGAUGGCAGCCGUGGCGGGAUGACUGCAGGCGAAGACGGUGGCCGCGGAAGACAGCAAUGGCGGCGGCCAGGGAGGACGAGGACGACAGCAUCCACGACCGCGAGUGGGGUGCGGGACGGCGGCAGCCAAGGCCGCGGGCGAGGGUGCGGGCGACGGCGGCGGCCUCAGAAGACAGCGACGACGGCAGCCACGACCACGGGCAAGGGUACGAGCGGGGGUGGCAGCGGCGGCGGCCUCGAAAGAUAGCGACGGCCGCAACCACGACCGUGGGAAAGGGUGUGGGACGGCGUCGGCCACGGAAGACCGUGAACACAAAAGGAUGCGCUGAGCCACUGAGGCACGGGCGCCGCUAGCGCGUGCCAUCGUUGUGGGCCCCACGCCUCGGGCCACGCAUAUAGCCAGGCAACUAAUUAGUCGCCCGCCUGUUCUCUCUCUUCCCCUCUCUUCUAGCUCAACAAAAAUCCUACGUGGAUCUCUUACCAUCCAUUAUUGUACUUGCUCUAAUGUGAUAAUGAAAAAUGAUCAUAAUAAAUCAACGGGAAACAUAAUAUUU